GUGGACCUUCUCCAGUGUAUUUGCAGGUCGCUACGAUGAAAAACAUUGAGCCUUUCAACACUUUUGAUGAUGUCCGAAUUCCGCCAAAGCCCAAGCUAAAGUUCCUGAAUAAAGUCCCAAAGAAGACUCGGUACAGGAAAGUUUUCAAAGGCUUGCAUGACAUCAGAGGCCCCUCAGAAGUUGCAAACACACUCAUGUACAACCAAUAUGGGCUGCUGGCUACUACACCUGGUUACAUGAGGCACGGUCAUUUUGAGAUGAUUCGUCUGACCAUCAAUCGGUUUAUUGGAGAUAGUGACCACAUGUUUUCUCGCUGGAGGGUCAACGCACCUUUCAAACCGGUCACUAAGAAAGGUCAAGGGCAGAGGAUGGGUGGAGGCAAAGGAAGUGUCCACCACUACGUGACGCCAGUGAAGGCUGGUCGUCUGGUGAUGGAGAUGGGGGGCAAGAUGGAGUUUGAGGAGGUCCACAGCAUCCUCUACCAAAUCUCCAAGAAGCUGCCAUUCCGCUGCAAGGUGGUAUCCAAGGAGAUCAUGGAGAGAGAUGCCAAUCUCUACCAGUUCCGGAAAGCAGAGAACGUCAAUCCAUGGACAUUUGAACGCAUUGCCAAGGAGGACUAUCUAGGCAUCUCCAAGUACCUAGGACCCUGCGAUUAUAAAUGGUAUGGAGAACACCGGUAACAUACAAGCAUGGAUUUUCUUUCCUGAACUCUUUGAAUGCCUCUAGAUGCUAUCGAAAGCUAUCUGGGGAUCUAGUAGUUACUGGUAUCAAGGACCUUGUGGUGAUUAUGAGUGAUGCGGAGACCAUGUGUAAUGUGGAAGGGAGCAAGCAUGGGUUUGCUUGCGUUAGAAGACUGUCUGGGUAUCUUCAAAUACCCAGGCAGUACCCGAUGACCUUGUGAUUUUAAGUGAGAUGCAGAACAUGCGUAACAAUAACAUGAAAACGAGAAAGUAUGGAUUUGCUGAAGGUUUUUUAAUGCUUGGUUAUGGACAGGAUCAGAAGGCAUUGAACGAACCCUUCUUUGGAAGACAUGAGUGGCAUCGGGGAUAUUCUUAGGGGGGGAGGAUACAACCAGACCUUACAGGGCAUUUUUUAGAUUAUUUGAUUAAACGGGUUAUACUGAGUGAUACAACCAGUCCUUCUCUUUUUAAACUGUUUUCUAUAUUCCUUUUUUUAAACCUUUUUACACUACUAAGAAAUCAGGGAGACCCUUGUCCUCGGCUCCCUGCCCCUUCCCCAUCUAUCGAUACCAUUUUUUAAAUCAAAUCUUUUGAGUGUCACUUAAUCAUACAGUAUAGGAUGGGGGUACUUUAUGUACCUUCUGGAUAGCAACCCUCAUGCCAACGUCGAACAGGUGAAACUGACUCCAGGCAAACCAAAUCUGGAUUGUUAUUUUCGACAUCGAUCGGUUUGGAGUUUGUUUCAUUGGUGUGAGAGUACUUACAGAUGUGGUGUGUCAAAGCUCAACAUCAUGAGUGUCUACAAAUUCAAUAGGAUAUGAAGUGUAUGAAAUGUUACAGCGUUAAGUACAUGAAGUACAUUAAUUGAAUUUGUAAAAAACAGAAUUGGUCAAUUUGUCUGAUAAACUUUGGAUAGUAUCUUUAGCCUUGAUACCUAUAAUGUGCAUUAUUAGCAUGAGUGUGCACAAUUGUUUCACCAAGUGUGAACAUUGUUAAUAAAGAUGUUUGUGGCAAUGAGCCUGGAAUAGCUACAGUGUAUAUUAACCUUCAUUGUGG